CAUCAUCUAACAACUUGAAGACCCAAAUAUGAAGAAAGAAUGCAUCAAGCAUGUCUACACACUUAACUGGCAGGGACGGUAGCAGCCUAAAAGAUUGCACUUUCUGUGCAGAUGGCAGGAAUCCCAUUCCCAAUCCCCUUCUUUGCGAUGGCUGCCAGCCAUGGAAUGACUUUUUCCAUGUUGUCUUCUGCUAUUACGCUUCACAAGACGUGGACGUCUCAGCUUUCGAUCCCGACUUUGACGAAUCAGAAUCAGCCUCGUGCGGCUUCCAGUUUCUGACCUUUCGAUCGUUAAAGAGCACCGCAAAUAACUCAGAGUGUAUGAUAUGCAGCUUCAUUGGCUCGAAGCUAAGCACCGUAGCUGGCGCCGGUGACGACACUGAAAUCGCAGUCUGUGGACUCUUCCCAAGCCGUAGGACGGACCCAAGCUCUCGUACCCUCAUAUCUAAUAGGGCACAUGAGACGUCGCCCUUCACUGAGAGCUGCGCCUUGGCCAUCUGCGUCUCGGGGCUUACACCGCCAGCUAUGAAUAAAUCAAAUCACGCCUAUCAGCCUGUCGUUCUGGGGAUUAGACUUCAGUAUGGGGCUCAAGACGGAACCCAACUUGAGUCGGCAGAGUUCUGGGAUCGGCGAUAUAUCAAUAUCAGCCUCCUUCGCAGUUGGUUGGCGGGCUGCCACGCGCAUCACGGAUCCAAAUGUAACGAACCCUUGACAGAAUCAGAACUUCCUGCCGGAUUCCGCGUUAUCGACACUAAGCGCAUGCGGAUUACCCAGCCAAAACCCCAGGCUCCUUUUGUGGCAUUGAGUUAUACAUGGAGGCUUGCAACUGCUUCAGCGGAUCGAGACCUUCACUUGACAACUUCGAACGCAGAAAAGUUGAGACAAACAGAUUCUCUUGUACGGGAUCUGCUACCAGAAGUAGUUGGGGACGCCAUCUACUUAUGCCGGAACAUGAGACAGCGAUACCUCUGGGUUGAUCGCCUGUGCAUCCUGCAGGACGAUGAAGAUCUCAAGAUGGCACAGAUCAACGCUAUGAACGACAUUUAUCAACUCGCAGAAUUCACCAUUGUUGCAGCUGCGAAUGGUGUUGGUGCUGGGUUACCUGGACUUAUUACGCGGCCCAACGUUUCCACCUACAAGAAUCAUUGCUGGCAAUUCAUCAAACAUGUGCCUAAAGUAGUCGAGGGUACGAAAUCGGACGGGAGCUCCGCCAUGGACCAUGCCGUUGUCGGGAUAGCCCCUCUCAGCGAGAACCAGGUCAUCAGCUCCAGCGAGUGGAACUCGAGAGCGUGGACAUUCCAGGAGAAGUUGCUCUCUCGGCGGCACAUCUUCUUCAGCUCCGGGCACGUCUACUUCAGCUGCUUCCACGAGGGCUCUGAACUUCAUAGAUACCCGGACAUCAGGCACUAUCGACCGCAAGACGAAUCAGAGAAUAUCGGCAUUACUCGAACAGAUCAAGACUGGGGCGGGAGAGGUUUCGAAAAGGGCCUAAGAUCCGACGAGUACAGCGAUGACGGGGUUCUCGGAUUCUACCCGCUUCUCGUGGACCAGUACACAAAACGCAUACUCGGCCGUCGAGAAGACGUGCUGAGCGCAUUUGCUGGCGUUGGCAAUGUCGUCGCUGCGCGGGCCAGAACGCAGAUGCUGCUGGGGCUUCCGGAGAGGUACCUGGCACACAGCCUCCUGUGGUCGUUUUGCUCUCCUCUGGCGGUUACAUACCGCACGACUGAAGGGCUGAGACUUCCUUCAUGGACUUGGGCUACCCGAAAAGGCUCCGUUGUUUAUCAACGAUCCCUCGGGGGCAGAAUUGACGGUGACUGGUUGGACCCGAUGUAUCAAAUUCACUUUGGACAUCUCGUCUCUUUCUUCUAUUGCGAUCCGGUGUCUACUGGUCCCUCUAGACUCAGGGACAUUUGUGAAGGCAAGGUUUGGUUUCCAGAAGAUCGAAUCGAUGAUUCCGUGCGACAAGAAGACUUCCAGCGAGAUCUUGAAGCCUUCUUUCAACCCAGGGGAGAGCUUAGCCAGGUGGCUGGAUACAAGGAUCCUCGGCAAGAGUCAUCGUGGAUGUCCGUGGUUGACAUGUGGAAACGGACUCCGCAUAACCCUGUGAUAGCUCGCCACCAGAUUGAGCUUGAUAGUAAGACUAAAGCCAGGGCUGAAGAACACCCUCGCUGUCUCGUUUUCAACACCACAGUUGCCAGAGUCCGGAUAGGGUCAUAUCUUCGCGGGGAAGAUGACGGGAUUCAACUUACUAUUUACGGCAACGAUGGUGCAAAGAUAGGAGUUACUGCACCGAUGCAUAAGCAGUGGGCGUUGAAAUGCCUGAGCAUGGGAACUAGCCACUACAUGGUGGUUGUCGCUGCUGGUCUCAAGUUUCCUGGAACCUGGGAGCAUAAUGACAUGUUUGCGGAAAGCCAAGGGUUUGGAUUCUAUGUACUCAUUACAUCUCGCACGAGCGGGCUCUACUCUCGUCUUGGUAUCGGCUUCAUUUCCUUGGAUGGAUGGGUCUCUGUUGAACCCAGUUGGGAACCUGUUAUCUUAGUAUAGCAUGGAAAUCAAGAUACCAGACGAAGUCGAUGUGCUUCCUGUGGGCAAGAACUAGGCCUCCAAUCAAAAUAUAAUCAUUUGAAGUAGGGACGUCGGAAAUCAGACGCGAAGAGAUCAAUUGAGUUGAUGAUCUGGAAAACCGACGGUGUCGUCGACGAGACCUGGCCCCGGCCGACAAACCUCAACUCAGGCUUAGGUACCGCUGCGUUGGGCUCGCCCUCAACUACAUGGGAAGGAAGAUGAAUCGCUUGCUGCCAUGUGAGGACUCUUCGGAAUCUAUGGCUGCCACAAAACGUGAGUCUCCGCGACCUUCAGACAAUGCGCCUUAAACCUCAUGCCUUGACAUAACCAGGUGUUCAAAGUCACAGUGGC